GUGAAGAUGACGCCAGUUGUCGUCAGUGGUCACAGGACCGUAUGAGCACGGCCGAUUCGCGUAGGAGGGUCGGUGGCGAUCGAGAGCACAGCGGACAAUUCGAGAGUCAGCUGGCCGGGGGCUUGUCAUCGUCUCCUUCGGAUAUUGGCGACAUGCGGCCAGCGGCUUCAUACCCGGGCAGUUAUGGGCCAUCCCCGGUUUGGAAUCAUGAACCAAUGGAGCUUGGGCGCUCACCUUCUAUGAGAUACAUCCCCAUUCCUCCAUCGUUGUUGUCGUCUACAGUUGCGAGUUUGGCACGGGGGUUCGACCAGUCGACAACAAAGUAUCCGGCAAUGUCCGGGCCGACGACGUUUUAUGAACAGCGUAACGACUGCCGCGGCUAUGGAAUGGCCAGUUACUUCGAGCGACCGCGGUUUGGUAGGGCCACGUCGCAUGCACCUUUAUACAUGCCUGCGGACACGACUCUGACGUACGGCUUGAGACCUUCUGCGGACGGGUAUCCUUCCCCGACGAUGUUCGAGCAUCCAAUGAGCAUGUCCUGCGAUGGCCCAGAUGCUGAAGCCAUUCCCUCUCCGCAGUGUGCCCAGGAUGCCCCCCCUCCCCAUGACGCACAUGCUCAUGCGACCUCCGAUCCUUCAAACAUGAGGGGAAGGGCGAUCGGGCGAAAGGCACGUGCCGGCUGGCAAGGUGCACCUCAGUCCCCAGCCGCCGGCCGGCGAUGGCGAUACCGAGGAUGACGGCGAAGGAUGGAAGCAAAAGAAAAAGCCGUGGUCUUUGGAGGAGCACCUGACACUCGCAAGAUACAUGCGAGAGGAUGAUGGCGGCCCAACCAAGA